CAGGAGGUGACGGAUGGCAUCUGCAGUCGUGCGGACGAGAGUAUAUAUCCCCCCAUUACUCGGCCCAAUAGCUGUACUGUAGAUAUCAUACCUCAACAAUACGGAAACCCAACAAACCACGAAGAGAGGAAAGAACCCCAACGCAAAUGGACGAACUGACCAACAAGCUCGCCAACCUCGAGACCGAGGAUGUCUCCAGCCGCGACAACUCCGUUCACUCAACCCCGUCGAAGACGGUACCCACGCCCUCGCCGAUCCCGGGGCCGCCCGGGCUCCCCAUCCUCGGGAACCUCACGGACCUCGACCCAGAGGUGCCAUUGACGACGUUCAUGCGGCUGGCGGACACGUACGGGCCGGUAUUCUCACUGCAGCUCGGCGGCGGGCCGAAGCGGGUCUUCAUCAACUCCGUCGAGCUGCUGGAGGAGGUGUGCGACGAGAAGCGCUUCGGCAAGAUCGUGACCGGCGCGCUGGAGCAGCUGCGAAGCGGCGUGGGCGCAGGAUUGUUCACUGCCCACACAGACGAGAAGGAGUGGGGUAUCGCUCAUAGGAUCCUCAUGCCCGCGUUUGGCCCGCUGGCUAUCAGGGAGAUGUUUGAUGAUAUGCACGAUAUUGCCUCGCAGAUGGUUAUGAAGUGGGCGCGGUACGGCCCCGAGCACCGCAUUCUGGCGACGGACGACUUCACGCGGCUGACGCUGGACACGCUAUCGCUGUGCACCAUGGGCUACCGGUUCAACUCGUUCUACACCAGCGAUAUGCACCCGUUCGUCGACGCCAUGGUCGACUACCUCGUCGAGUCCGGACGGAGAGCGAACCGGCCCAAGCUGGCGAGCUUUCUCAUGCGCGGGACGAACCAAAAGUACGCCGCCGAUGUGAAGCUGAUGCGCGAUGUGGCCAGUGGCGUCGUCAAGACGAGGAGGGAGAAUCCAACGCAGAAGAAGGACCUGCUGAAUGCUAUGAUAAACGGAAGAGAUCCGAAGACGGGCGAGGGGCUGGAAGAUGAGUUGAUUUAUAGCCAAAUGAUCACUUUCCUGAUUGCCGGCCACGAAACCACAUCAGGGCUAUUAUCCUUCGUCUUCUGCAACCUCCUGCAGCACAGCUCGGCCUACAGGGCCGCACAGAAGGAAGUCGACGACGUCUGCGGAAAAGGCCCGAUCACAGCCGAUCACCUGCCAAAGUUGAAAUACAUCUCAGCGGUCCUCCGUGAAACUCUGCGAUUGAACCCCACCGCUCCACUAUUCUCUACGACCCUGAAUUCCAAUCAGGACCAAGACUCGGCGACUCUCGGAAACGGCAGAUAUGCCCUCGAAAAGGGACAAGCCAUCAUUGCCGUGCUGCCGAAUAUCCACCGUGAUCCGAAGGUGUACGGCGAAGACGCGGAUGUGUUCAAGCCAGAAAGGAUGCUCGACGAAGAAUUCGAAAAACUCCCCGCGGCCGCCUGGAAGCCGUUCGGAAACGGCAUGCGCGGCUGCAUCGGCCGGCCCUUUGCGUGGCAGGAGUCCCUACUAGUAGUGGCCCUGCUCCUGCAGCACUUCAACUUCGCCCUCGACGAUCCUAACUACAAGCUGCAGCUGAAGCAGACACUCACUAUCAAGCCAAAAGACUUCUAUAUGCGCGCGACCCUUCGCGACGGCAUCGACGCCACCAAGCUCGAAAGAACCAUGGCCGGCAGCAGCGCCACAGCGACGACAGAGGGAAUCGCGAAGCCCGGGGAGGAGAAGGCAGCGGCAGCGGCAGCAGACAAGGACAAGCCGGCGCGAAAACCAAUGUCGAUCUUCUACGGCUCCAACACGGGCACGUGCGAAGCACUGGCGCAACGGCUUUCGACCAGCGCCGCUUCGCACGGCUUUGAUGCAGCGAUAGCAACUAUGGAUUCCGCGAACGGGAAGCUGCCGAAGGACCGGCCUGUUGUGUUCAUCACCGCAUCGUACGAGGGGCAGCCGCCGGAUAACGCGACACACUUCAUGGAAUGGCUGCAGUCCCUUACCGGGGAUGAAGCGGCGGGGACGAGUUUCGCCGUGUUUGGGUGUGGCCACCGCGACUGGAGGUCGACGUACCAGCGCAUCCCGACGCUGGUCGACGAGCUGCUGCUCGCUCGCGGCGCCACCAGGGUCACCCCGAAGGGAGAGGCCGAUGCGUCCCAGGGGGACAUCUUCACCGAGUUCGACAAUUGGGAAGAUGCACAGCUCUGGCCGACGGUCACGGAACGCUUCGGUGGAAAGCCUGUGGCAACUGACGAGGCUACUACGUCGACUGUCUUGGUCGAGAUUUCGUUUAAGAAACGCUCAUCUAACCUGCGUAUGGAUGUGCGGGAAGCUCGAGUGACCGCUGCACACUGCCUCACCGCUCCAGGAGAGCCAGAGAAACGUCACCUCGAGAUUGAACUCCCGAGCGACAUGCCCUACCGCGCAGGAGACUACCUUGCCAUCCUCCCCGUCAACCCUCGGGAGACCAUCAACCGCGUGAUGAAGCGCUUCCAGCUGCCAUGGGACGCACACCUGCACAUCUCGUCCACCGCGCCCACCGUCCUGCCCACCGACAGCGAGAUCUCAGCGCACGACAUCCUCGCCACCUACGUGGAGCUCUCCCAGCCCGCGACCAAGAAAAACGUGCUCGCGCUCGCCGCCGCCGCAGACAGUGACCAACCCUCGAUCAAGGCGUCACUCGAAGCCCUCGCCAGCACCUCCUUCCACGCCGAAAUCACCCUGAAGCGCACCUCACCACUCGACCUCCUCGAGCGCUACCCCACACUCCUCUUCCCGCUCGGCGACUUCCUCAGCAUGCUCCCGCCGAUGCGCAUGCGGCAAUACAGCAUCUCCUCCUCGCCGCUGACCAACCCGUCGCAGUGCACACUAACCUACAGCGUCCUCGACGCCGCCAGCAGCUCCUCCCCACCGCACCGCCACAUCGGCGUAGCAACCACCUACCUCUCCACGCUCUCGCCGGGCAACGUCCUCCAAGUCUCCGUGCGCUCCUCCGCGCACUCCUUCCACCUGCCGCUGAACCUCGCCACGACGCCGAUAGUAAUGGUCUGCGCCGGCUCGGGUCUCGCGCCGUUCCGCGGGUUCGUGCAAGAGCGAGCGACGCAGCUUGCGGCGGGCCGGCAGCUCGCGCGCGCGCUGCUUUUUGUCGGCUGUAGGUACCACGAUAGGGACAGACUGUAUGCGGACGAGCUCAAGGAGUGGGAGAAGGCUGGUGCUAUCGAGGUACACUAUGCGUUCUCGAGAGAGCCCGAGUUGGCGGAGGGGUGUAAAUAUGUUCAGGAUCGCAUGCGGAAAGACGUGGACAUGCUCAUGGAGACGUGGGAUGCGGGCGCGAAGGUGUUUGUGUGUGGUGGGGCAAGGGUAGGUGAAGAGGUCUCGAAGGUGUGUAAAGAAGCGUAUAGGGAGAGAAUGCGCGGGAAGGGAGAGGAGAAGACCGAGGACCAGGCGGAGGAGUGGUUCGCCGCGCUCAGGAAUGAGAGGUUUGCUACGGAUGUUUUUGAUUAGCUUGGGGCCAGCGAACCAUAGUCAGGUUUUGGAAUGUCUUUAGCUGCAGAAUGAAGUUAGG